UGGCUUCUGCGCGGGGCCGGGGGCCGGUGCGGCUCCUGGGGCUGGUCAUGCCUCGGCGGGGCUGGGCGGAGGACGGCGCCGACUGACUGACUGACUGACGGGGCGACGCGGCGCUGGUUGGCGGCAGUCGCCAUGAGGCGGGCGCCCGGCUCGGGGGCGAGUGCUUUCCUCUGGCCCCUCGCCGCCUCCUUGCUUGUCCUCGUUCUUCCGCCACCCGGGCUGGCCGCUUCCCAGCUGCGACUCAGGCAGGCCUGUAGUACCUGCCGCGGGAUCGCGGACCGGUUCGGACAGGGUCUAACAGAUACCGCCAAAAAGAACUUUGGAGGUGGUAAUACAGCUUGGGAAGAAAAAACACUAUCUAAGUAUGAGACCAGUGAAAUUCGUCUGGUGGAGAUAAUAGAAAACCUGUGUGACAGUAGCAACUUUGAAUGCAACAACAUGGUUGAAGAGCAUGAAGAACACAUUGAGGCUUGGUGGUUCAAAUGGAAAAAGAAAAACCCUGAUUUGUUUAAGUGGCUCUGUAUAGAAAAGAUUGAAGUUUGCUGCCCUGCUGGGACCUAUGGACCUGAUUGUCUUGCUUGCCUCGGUGGGUCAGAAAGGCCUUGCCACGGAAACGGCCGCUGUGAUGGAGACGGCACUCGAGGCGGCGAUGGGUCAUGCAGCUGUAAUAAGGAACACAAAGGAGAGUUUUGUUUGGACUGUGCCGACGGCUACUACAACUCUCACAGAAAUGACACGCAUUCCGUUUGCACAGCUUGCCAUAAUUCUUGUAAAACUUGCACGGGUGCAGCAAAUACAGACUGCCAGGAUUGUAAAGAAGGUUGGACCAAAAAUGAAGAGGCCUGUGUGGAUGUGGAUGAAUGUGCUGUAGAAGACUCCCCUUGCAACGGCGACCAGUACUGUUUAAACACAGAUGGCUCCUUCUCCUGCCGAGCGUGCGAUAUUAGCUGUGUGGAAUGCACUGGAGAAGGUCCUGACAGAUGUAAAAGCUGCAUAGCUGGUUAUGAAAUGGAAGAAGAAAAAUGCACAGAUGUGAAUGAAUGUGCCUUGCCUGAAAAGGUGUGUGUAAGAGAAAAUGAAGACUGUGUUAAUACUCCAGGUGGUUACAAAUGUGUCUGCACGGAGGGCUUUGAAGAUAAGGAUGGUGUCUGCGCUCCAAUCAUAAAAACAGAAGAGGAGGCACCUGAAAACUCGUCUUCGCCUGCUGCUACACAUGAGGAUUUAUGAUCUACAUUCCAAGGCGAGAGACAUUGAUAUCCUAACAACCCUUAAGUUAUUGGACUGAUCAUCUUUUACAAUUCAUAAGCGGUGUUAAAUAAACUGCCAGUAUGAUUUUUUUUUCUGGGAAACGGACAAUAAAUCACCCUUGGAACUGCAUUUCUUCAAUACAUAGAAAUGGCUGCUCUUUUUUUUUUUUAAUACGGUCAUGAAACUAUCUUACAGGUAGUUGGAGAUAAAUAAAUUGCAGCACUUAGCACAGUUGAGGACUUUGAGCUCAAUUUUGGACGAAUAGAUCUUUUGUGGAAAAAUCUGGUAAAGAUAAUUGGCAAACUUAAGUCUCUUUGGACACUUUUUUUUACCACUAGAACACACCUUUUCAAGACUAUUAAGAAGAGAGGCUGUGUUUCUUGGAAGAUACUCCUUGUAAAUGAAAACAGACUUUCUAAUAGGGCAUUCAAUAAAGUUUUUUAUUUUGGCUGUUA